CAAAUUGUAUGGAAGAAACCAAAAUUGUAAUAUAAGAUCGAAACCAAGUUAUGUUGAUCGAACUGUCUCUCUCUCUCCUUCUACAAAAAGAGUACAAACAUGAAUUUACAAAAGACCUCAACUAACACUCUGAAGAAAAUCUUAAAUAAAUCCAACUUUACCAUUUGGGUAUCCUCUCCACUCCUCUUUCAAAUUUAGGCGUAUGUCGUUGAAUCCUGCGCUGACCCUAUUCAACCCAUUUCUACUCGAAAAUACUACGUCUUUGUUUUUUCUUCUCUCUAAGAUUUUCUUCUGAAUCUCUGUCGGAUUGAGUUUUCGUAACCAAAAGGGUUUGCCACUUGAAUCUCUGUCGAUUCGUCUUUCCUCUUCAGCGCUCUAAUAUCUGCUAAUUACCCUUCUGGUUAUGAAACCCAAUUCGACCCUUUUCUGAUUUCUUGCCUUUCGCGCUGCUUUUAUCGACUAAGAAUCUCGAAUUCGUUUGGUGGCAAGAUUAAUGGGUGCAUCAUCUGGUUCCAACAUUCAUCACCAGCCUGCAUCAAAGAUGAUUCCCAUACGUCAACAGCCAAGACCCGAGGAACUCCAGACCUCCCUUUCAUUAGUUUCUUCAGACCCCCAACAUUCACCUGAGGUACCCAGAUCUAAUUCUGACCAAGUUCAGGAGUCACCAGCUGAGAGUGCCAGUUCUCAGGAAACUUGGCCUAUUGGUGAUGGAGUGAUGGGAAAGAAGAUGGAAAAUGGAAAGGCAGAUAAUGACUAUGUGGAACAAUCAGUCAUUCAUCGUCUUUCUAGUGCUGAUAAAAUCUCCCUUCGUGACAUAGCAAGAGACAGAAUUGAGGUAAUUGCGGAAAAGAUGCAUCAUUUACCGGAGGAUUUUCUAGAAAAUUUGAAGAAUGGGCUUCGAAUUAUUCUUGAUGGAAACGGCGGUGCACAACAGAGAGACGAGAUUUUUAUUUUGCAAAAGCUAGUUCAGCGUAGAACUGAUUUAACUGCAAAGACAUUGAUUAGAGCUCAUAGGGCGCAACUAGAAAUUCUAGUUUCCAUCAAUACAGGAAUUCAGGCCUUCUUGCAUCCAAAUAUUAGCCUCUCCCAGACUACGCUCAUUGAGGUUUUUGUGUAUAAGAGAUGUAGAAAUAUUGCUUGCCAAAACCAGCUUCCAGCUGAUGAUUGCACUUGUGAGAUAUGUACCACGAGAAAUGGUUUCUGCAAUCUUUGCAUGUGUGUAAUAUGCAACAAGUUUGAUUUUGAAGUUAACACUUGUCGUUGGAUUGGUUGUGACUUGUGUUCUCAUUGGUCUCACACUGAUUGUGCAAUUCGUGAGGGAAAGAUCUGCAUGGGCUCCUCAGUAAGAAUCGGGACAGCACGGUCUGAAAUGCAUUUCAAGUGCCCAGCUUGCCAUCGGACAUCUGAGCUACUUGGUUGGGUUAGAGAUGUUUUUCAACAUUGUGCACCUUCCUGGGACCAAGAGUCUCUCCUGAAGGAGCUUGAUUUUGUCAGUAGAAUUUUUCGUGGAAGUGAGGACCACGGAGGGAGGAAACUAUUUUGGAAAUGUGAAGAACUCAAAGAGAAAAUGAAGAGUGGAGCUCUGGAGUCAGCAGCAGCAUGCAGAGCAAUAUUGAUGUUUUUUCAAGAGAACGAGACAGACUCUAUGAGUAGUGUUGAAAAUGGGGAGGGAGGAAGGUUAGCAGCCCCACAGGAAGCAUGCAACCGAAUUGCUGAGGUGGUGCAGGAGGUUAUAAGGAAAAUGGAAAUCGUUGCUAACGAGAAGAUGAGAAGCUGGAAAAAGGCUCGCAUGGAUGUUGAGGCCUUCAACCGUGAGGUUGAAGACAAAGCCAAGGAAGCAGCUGAAAUAAAGCUUGACAGACAGAGAAAGAAGCUACAAAUCGAAGAACUGGAGAAAAUCGUUAGACUUAAAUGUGCAGAAGCUGAUAUGUUCCAACUUAAGGCCAAUGAAGCAAAACGAGAGGCCGAGAGACUUCAAAGGAUUGCUCUUGCAAAAACAGACAAGUCUGAAGAAGAAUAUGCUAGCAGUUACCUGAAACAACGUCUGAAUGAAGCUGAGGCUGAAAAACAGUAUUUGCUUGAAAAGAUUAAGCUACAAGAAAGUUCCAGAGCUUCACAAAGUAGUGGUGGGGCUGAUCCGUCUCAAAUGCUUAUGUAUUCAAAAAUUCAAGAUCUGCUCUAUAAUGUUUCUAAGCCUGACUCAGCUAAAUGAAUGAAAAUUCUUUGGGAUUAAUCCCUUAUGAAUGCUAAGAUCUAGGAGCACAAUGAUAUGUACAUUAAAAUCUUGUUAGUUAUGUUGCUUUGUUGUCUGGUAAUGUUUGAAGUUGUUUCUCACUGGAUCUUCAGAUACUUGUAUCGUAAAUAUAAUCAAGUCAUUGGGUGCUUC